CUAUCGACUAGUAUGUCGCAAUUACUACUCAUUUGAAGUGGCCUUGUUGAAAGGGGAACGUAGCAAGGCGUUUCAUGAACUAAUAACAACAAUGGCCCCUGCGUCUGGCAGUCUCACUCGGCCACAUCAACAUUGCCUUUAUUUUACCGAACAUCUCGACCCCAGUAGUGUUUACUGUUAAUUUGUUAUAGUCAUUGAGCAGUAAUGAAAGUACCUAACCCUUUUAAAUGCUGUUGGCGUUUCUUAUUUCUUCCUACAAUGAAAAUACAAUAUUUAGCGAGUUUUUGGAAAUAGUGUCAUCGUAAGACAAGUAACAAAUGGUAUGGUAUUUAAAAAGGCAAGCAAUGGAGUCUGCUCCACCCCUAAAUUUGUCCACCACAGUCAAAGUGGUGGAACUAAAGGCCAUAGUGCCAGAAUUAGACACCCAAGAUUACACAGUGGAAGGUGAAUUGGUAGAAGAGAUAAGUGGCAGUGUUGAAGAUGAGGGGCACUCUCUGGCCAUGGCCUCAGGGAUGGAGGACCAUGAGGAGAUGGGCCAUAUUGAAGAGACCAAGGAGAAUCUGCUCAAUGACUCCAAGGAAAUCAUGACAAAGGAAGAGCCGCCCGUCAUUGAACAGGAAUAUAAGUGCUCAGAAUGUUCUUCUACUUUCUCACGUGCUAGUCAGCUACGUGCCCACGAAAGAACUCACUAUGAAGAGCAGGCAUAUGAAUGUGAUCAAUGUGAUGAAGUCUUUGUACGCAUUGGCCUAUUAAUGAGUCAUCGUAGGGGACAUCACCGUCAAAAUUUAUCUUGCACAGAGUGUGAUGCAAAAUUCAAUAACUAUAAUAGUUAUAGGGUUCAUUUACGAAGCCACAAAGGAGAGAGGCCCCAUAAAUGUUUAGAUUGUAAUAUGUCUUUUGUGCAACAAUGCCAUUUGCAUAUUCACCGGAGAGUACACACAGGGGAGAAACCAUUUAUGUGUGAAAUUUGUAACCAAGGAUUUAAGCAAAUGUCUCACUUGACAACACAUAAGAGGAUCCACACUCAAGAUAAGCCUUAUGUAUGCACACUAUGCAAUGCCUCUUUCUCUCAGACCAGUAGUUUAAAACGGCACAAAAGACGACACACAGGAGAGAAGCCUUUUAAAUGUGACAUAUGCGGUGCACUCUUUGUUGAAAGAAGGAAUCUUAUAAGACAUCAGUUAACCCACUCUGGGGAAAAACCAUACAAAUGUGAAUUAUGCCCAGCAUCUUUUACUCAGAUGAUUGAUUUGAAGCGUCAUCAGAUGUCACAUUCAGGUCUGAAGCCUUUUAAAUGUGAUAUAUGUGAAGCAGCAUUUAGUCGCAAGAACAAUCUCCAGUGGCACAAACUGACCCAUGAAGGAGAUACCCCAUACAGAUGCGAGAAAUGCAAUGCUGGUUUUAGUCUCCAAAGGGAUAUGAAGGCUCACAUGAGAACACAUACUGGAUCCAAACCAUUUAGUUGUGAUAAGUGUGAGUCAACUUUCUCUCAGUUUAGUACACUUAAACGCCACAGACAAAGCCACACAGGAGAAAGACAUUUUGUGUGCUCAAAGUGUAAUGGAGCUUUUAAGGACAAGAGUGCUUUGAAAAGACAUCAGCUUAGACAUGAAGGAGUGAGACCUUUUGCUUGUCAGAAAUGUGACUCCACUUUUAUGGAGUAUCGGAAUCUGAAAAGACACAAAGUAACAGUUCAUGGUGAAGAGCGAUUUGAAGGUGGUGAUAAUAUGAUGGAACCCAAAGAAAGUGAGAACAUUCAAAACAUUCCACCUCUCAAGAAAAGGAUUGGAAAGCAUGACAGUGAUGAAACACUGAAUGAAAUGUAUAAUUCAAACUAUGCAUCAGCUUCUGUUGUACAGCCACAAGAAACAGGUCAUCAGCAACAGCAGCAUGUUAAUCAAGUUGUCUCAUUGCCACCAUUGACACCUCUUCCACAAAGUCAGCCUCAGGUACAUACAACAACUACCUUACCUUCUCACACACAAACUCCUAUGGUUAAUGAGAUUGUCACUAUUCCUGCCCAAGCUCCAGGGCAAAUGCCAACGCUGAUGCUCACUCAGCAUGGCCAACCCCCUCGACCAGGGAGACCAGCUAACAACUGUCAGAAUUAUCAGUCACAUGUGCUGACAUACGUGGAAGGGAGUUUUGGUCAGUGGCAUUCAUGGUGCUUUUGUGAAACUCCAAACAUUCCUAAUGGCCCUCAGAAUAUCAUUGAUGGCACAACAACAACUGUAGCGACUCACCCUCCUGCUUCUACUGCUUUAUCUGCGGCACCAUUACCCCAGCAUCAGCAAGUAACAUACACAGAACUCCAGCAACCACAAACACAACAAAACCAAGAUACUGUAGGUGUUCAAGAGGUGACACAAACAGAGUAUCAUCAAACUCCUCAGUAUCACACUAACUAUCCGCAACCAAUCCAUCAUUAUGAAGAAAGCCAUCACCAAGACCCACUAGACCAAAUAAGCCAUCAUCAACAACAUCAUCAAACAUCUCAUCACCCGCAGCUUCAUCAAUCACAUUCUCACCAGGAAGAUGGUAAGAUAAGUUCUGAACCUCAGGUAUUUGCGAUACCAGGCAUUCAGCAAGAGCAACAAGAACAACAGCAGCAACAACAACAACAGCAACAACAACAACAACAGCAACAACAACAACAGCAACAACAACAACAGCAACAACAACAGCAACAGCAGCAGCAGCAGCAGCAGCAGCAGCAGCAGCAGCAACAGCAGCAACAGCAGCAACAACACCCACAGCAGCAUCAACAACAGCAGCAGCAGCAACCACAACAACAAGACCAGCAGCAGCAAGAAUCGCAACAUCACCAAGAACAUCAGCAACAGCAGCAUCACCAGCAUCACCACCACCACCAAGAGCCACAACAACUGCAGCCACAACCGGAUCAACAUCAAGACUUAUCAGAACCUCAGGCUGAUCCUCAAGUGACUUUCCAGUACAGUUUAACAGUGAAUAAUCCAGCUACUGGGGAUAUCCAGAUCCAGAGUGAAGCAUUUCCGGCCAACCCUCCUGACACGCCCCCUAUCAAGAAGAGGCGUCUCGCUAAAACUCACCAGGAGCCUCAUGAAGCUCGGAUAUAUACUUGCACUUCCUGCCCAAAACAAUUUACUAGAAUAAAUCACUUGAUUAUUCACCAGCGAAGGCAUACAGGAGAAAAACCAUACCAGUGUGGUGUGUGUCUACAGGCAUUUACACACAAAAAUAGUCUUACAAUUCAUAUGAGAGGUCAUACUGGGGAGAGACCAUAUAAAUGUGCAACUUGUGGGUCAUCAUUCACCCAGAAGAGCAAUUUGCGUGUACAUAAUCGAACACAUACUGGUGAAAAACCAUUCAAAUGUGACAUGUGCGAAGUUUCAUUCAGUCAGGGUAGUCAUUUGACGGCUCACAAAAGAAUUCAUAAUAAUGAACGGCCAUACGCAUGUGACAGCUGCCAACAAAUGUUUACACAGCGUAGUGCUCUGAAACGGCACAUAAUGACACAUACAGGUGACAAACCACACAAAUGUGAUGAGUGUAGUGCCAAAUUUUCACAGAAAGAUGAUUUAAGAAGACACUUAAAGGUUCAUACUGGAGAAAAGCCAAUCAUGUGCUCAUACAAGCAUUGCAAUAUGAGUUUCACAGAUAGAACAGGUCUGACAAGACACAUAAAAUCAGUACAUUGUGACAAACCAGAGUUACCAGGAGAUGGAAAGAAAAAGAAAAGAAAGAAAUCAGGCUCAAAAUCAUCCCCAUGCCCAAGUAAUAGUCCAAAAUCUGUGAAAGGAGGAAAAGUUAAGUCUUCAACUGUAGAACCAACUAGGACAAGUAGACGUCUGCGAGAAGCAGCAGAAAAGAAAAAGGUGAAACCAGAGCAUCCUGAUUUUAUUAUGGGUGAUUUUAUAGAUGUGGAUGAAGCAAUUAGUGAUGCAAAACCAGCAGCUCAGCAGAAAUCACCAAAGAAGAUAGCUGAUAAGUCUCAGGAAACUAAACAAACUGAAAAGGCAAGAAUGGAGUCUUGGUGCUUUUGUGAAGUACCUCAUGGCCCAGAUGAACCUCAUAAUCAUGCUGGAGUUGAAACUAAAACUAUGAAUGAAUUAACUGCCAAUAUUGUUAAUAAUGAUAAGGGAUGUACAUCGAAGAUAAAUGAGAAUGAUACUAACACAGAUCUAGUUGCAAGUGCUCAUGCCACUGGUGCAACUUCCCUACUUCAAUUGUCAAUGGAACAUGUAGCUCAUGGUUCAAUUCCUCCUAGUACUAUUAGUGAGGGCCUGCAAGAAGCCACUGGUGCUGUGACCAUUGAUGCUUCAUCUUUAGUAGUUCCUCAGAUGGAAGGAGGACCACAAAAUGUAGUUGGGUCCACCAGUCAACCAGGAGUUGCUUCAGUCACGCAAGCUUCUUCGUCAAUUGGGCAGAGUGUAAUGGGUGGCCAUGUGGUUACUGCUUUAAGCCAGCAAGGUGCCCAAGGAAGUGGGCGAUUAGUCAGUCAGCCGAUGAUUAGUGGGCAAGUUGUCACUGCUGGUCAACUGGUUGGCACUAGUCAGUUGAUGACACCGGAGGGUACAAUCUACAUUGAGGCCAGUGAAAUGUUAAGCAAUGGAGCAGUUGUGAUAAACCCUGGCCAAGGCACCUAUAUCAGCUAUGAUCAGAUUACAAUCGGAGCAGAUGGUCAGGUUCUAAGUGUUCCGGUAGGUGGCUCCACAGGAGAAACACUAAUGAUCCAACCUGCUGCAGGCUCUGAUGUCACUUCAGGCACAGGCACUAUUACCUACACGACAACACAGCUAACAGAGCCUAAUGCUGCCCAACCUAUCCAGUACACAACUCUAAGUAAUGAUGUUAUUAAUCUCUUGUCACAUGUGGACUCAAGCAAAGAAAGUACCAGUUCAGAUCUGACAACAGAAAAGGCAGUAACCGUUGUUGCCAAACCCUUAGAUUGCUCGGUAUGUGCUAAGUCCUUUGCACAAAAGCGUACCUUAUGGUCUCAUAUGUUGGAAGCUCAUCCAGAUUUACAUUGUUGUUCAGAAUGUUGUGCAGCAUUUACCUCACCUGAAUAUCUUAAUCAGCAUAAGGUCCAACACCAGAAACUGCAUGUGUGUUCAAGAUGUGGAAUGGCUUUCACAAACAAAUCAUCACUAAACAGACAUAGACAGCAGAUGCAUACAGGAGCUGCUGCUGCAGUAGAAGAUAAAGUGUUUGGUUGUGGAUCAUGUGAUGCCAGGUUCCACCAACAAUGUGACUUACGAAGACAUGUGCUAGGACACACUGGUGAAAAGCCUUACAGAUGCAAACACUGUGAUGCUGGAUUCACCAGAACAUCAAGCCUUAAUAAACAUAUGAGAAUCCAUACUGGAGAGAAGCCUUAUACAUGUGAAGUGUGUGACCAGUCCUUCUCUUAUAGGUAUCAGUUUAACAGACAUAAGAUCACCCACAGACAGGAUGACCAAAGAAGUAACUUUUCUGUUUCAUAUGAAUUUCAGGAGUAAUUUAUUGUAUAUGAAAUACUGUGCAUCAGCAAGAAUUAGCUCAGUUAAUUGUUGAAUUGCUGAUACUUAAUAGGUAACCAAAGGAGUAAGAGUAUUAUGGGGAUUUACAUAUACCAAACAGUAAUUAGGAUUAAUGAAAAUUAUAUGAGUGGGAAUCCCUUAUAUUCAUUCAGAAUUAGGAAGAUCAUGUCCUUGACCAGUCAUGCAUCCAGUCUGAAAAUGCAUCUUCAGAUAUGCCAUUUAUCAGUAGAGGUACCACUGGUACUGUGGCCCACCAUAGGGUAGAGAGAACUAUCAUUACCAUCAGAUUAUUUUAUUCAUCUUUUCAUUUUAUCACCUUGUGCAAUUUGUAUGCGACACUUUCUUUUGCCUGGAUUUUUGUUCAUUUUAGGAAGUAACUAUUGUGUGCCCAUUUCAAAUUCAGAUUAUGUAGCCAUACUGUGAAGUAGAUGCAAGCAAUUUAUGUUUCAUAGAGAUUAUUUUUAGUGUAUUUUGUUUACUGUAUUACCAAUAUUUUAUUGAUCUAUUCUCUUGUAUAUUAUUUGUAAUGAAAAUUGUAUAUUGUACAAACUAUUAACUGUAAAUGUAAAAUGUUAAUAUAGUGAAGAGUAUUAACCAAAUGUAAGGUUACUUGAAGUAGUAACUAAUGAGAGUAGGCUGUAUUUAAAGAUGGUUUUCCUUUUUAUAAAGACAUCACUAGAUAGUGUAUGGAUAAUCUUUGUGCAUAAACAAAUUAAAAUGAAAGUCAG